AACAACUGUUUUAACUGAAUAAAAAAUCACAACUCAUAUAUGUUUUUAUAUUUUUAUAUUUUUAUGCAACUGAUAUUUUGUCCAUCAAACGGGUGCAUUCAGAAGACACAAUUUACAAUGUGCUUUUCAAUGAAAGUAAGAUAUUUAGUACGUUUAGAAACAUCGAAUGAAUCGCAAUAGAAGUAUAAUAGAAGUCAAAGCUCCAAUUCUAAUAUUUUUAUUAGUGAACACCUGGACGGCGCUUUUCACUCGAUCAUUAGAAUGACUCAAGCGCGUUAUCAAAAUGGUUGAACGAUCGCGGGUGAACGGCGGUCGUCGCGGCUAUCUGGCGCGCGAUCCUUGGAGCAUGGAGUAGAGCGAACAAGUGAGCACGGGGACGGGGGAAAGACGGAGAGCGAGCGACGAGGAAUAUUGCGACGAAGAGGAACGGCAGGAGCGGAGCGCGGCGCGCGGAGGGCCGCGGCGGCGCGAGCGAGUAAAUAGCAGAUCAGCUGAUGAGGCACAACACAACACAAGACAAUCGCACGACGACGACGACGUGGAACUGGAAGAGCAGGAAGGCUCGUUGUUUCCCCGCUGCUGCUGCUGAUCAUGGCGACGAGUAGCUCCGACGGCUCGUGCACAGCGCCCGCGGACUUCCAGCUAUCAUCCGAGCUGGAGGACGCGUCCAGCCGCCUCAGCAUGAAUCUGCUCAAGUGUCCGCUGUGCCAUAACAGCCGCCGGAUAUUCUACUGCCGCCAGUGCGUCCAGAACGGCGACUUUAUACACUCGAACACCGUCUACUCCGAACGAUUCGCGGAUAAGCAGAUGCGGCUGGUACGGCUGAAGGCUGCCAGAGCUCAGUUGGAGGAGAAGUGCAUGAAAGCUCUUGAGAAGCACAAGCAGAGGGAUAAGCUGAUUUGUGAUAUAAACAUAUGUAAAGAAAGACUCAGACUGCUGCAGUCUCUGGUGAAUGAGACGAGGCAGAGCAUUGACAAAGGUAAUGAACAGUUGGGCAUUCUGAAAGACAUUAACUCCCAGUUAAUACUGCGAUUACCGCGGCAAGAAGAUAGAAUAGAAAAGCUGCAGCGCAUCGUAAGCGGUUUGAGGGCGAAGCAGGAGAAGCAAAGGGAGGCUGUAAACAGGGAGAGGGAACAGUUGAAAAAAGUCAUCAGGACCGCUGCCAAACAGCUGAUUCAGUACAUUUUUCCGUUGUCUAAGGUCCAGCCAAACAGGAGUUUGUGCAGCAGCGACGACAGUGACAGCACCACUUCAGAUAUCGUCACGAGCGCAUUGGCAGAUGCGUCGGGCACGUCGUACGUUCGCGGCAGAUGGAUCAGUGAUAAAGAGAAUUCGUCAGAGAUCCAUCACUGCAUAGUGGAGCCGACGUUAUCGGCGACGGGAGACUACAGUGCUUAUUCUCUCUGGGUCGCGGCGAAUAAAGACGGUGUGCCGGGCGCGAAUAAGGAGAACGCGAUGCACAACCCGGCAUACAAUAUCAGCGCUGCUCUAACUUACGCUACGCAGCUGGUUAAUGUUCUUGCCUAUUAUGUUAACGUGAAACUACCGUACAAAGUUACUUGCGGAGAGUUCUGCGGGAAUGAAUUGUCGGACCAAAAAUUCGCUAGGAAGGUAGCGAGGCUAAACAGCAACGUGCUACACCUGUGCUUCACGCAAAACACCAACAUCGAGGUCUUGCAUCCCAUGCGUACGUUACAAAAUCUGAUGCACCUGCUCAACACGGAAAUUAGCGAUCUCGGGAGAAUUGGACCAAUGGAAGUCGAUCCAGCUAUAAUAGCGCAACUUCAUAGUCAAUUAGUCCCCGAUUUGGAGAACAGCGACGAUUCAGCUUCCGACGAAGAAGAUGCGUGCUGGGGAUGGGAGUCCGUAAGUCAUAAUUCUGUACCAAGCAUGGCUUGUCCCGAGAUGGUGGUACCUACUUCCGGUGCAAUGAUCAGUCAGCAGUCGUCCAGUAUGCAGGUGCAUCAGAGCGUCGCCGGUGGUCUAGUAACGAGUGCGGCAGCUAGCAUCGCCUCGAUCUGGCGAGGGUGGACUAAUAAAUAACUCUUUCGUUUUAACCAGUAAGUUUUCUUCUCCAUAAACUCCACUGAUCGCGCGGACAUCUCGAAUCAAAUCAAAAUCUGCAGAAAGCUCUCUGCGGAUGAAGCGAUGUAAGAGAAACGAUAUGUAAUUUAUAUUAUGUGUACGACGACGCGGAUGCGAUUAAGAUCGACACGAUAUGCGUAUGAGUGCACGAGUUUCUUAAUCGACAUACGCGACACACACACACACAGACACACACACACACACACACACACACGAGGUAGUUCAAAUACGACGCUGUGACGGAUUUCGUUAGAUCUGACACGUCUAACUUAAUUUAAAUAGGUUCAGAUCUAAGGUAGAGAAAGAUUAUUACCACGUACGACUGUUUAACAAAUUUAUGGACGUUUUAUAUUUCAAUGCACCACAAAUAAAUAGUCUAGAGAUAAUCGAGACGUAUGAAGAUGGAUAUUGAUGGUCUACAAAAACAGGAAUGUACAUUAGCGGCAGCCAUAUACCUGUAGAAUUCGUUAUUAGAGUACGUGAUUGUGCAAUGACUGCCUUUUCUAUGCUCACUGCACUUGAUGUAACUAUAUAUAUAUAUAUAUGUAUGUAUAUGUAUACAAAAAUGAGUAUACUUUCGUAUACACCAAUAUAUUUUCUAUUGCGAAAUUCGUUUAAUGUAAUUAUUAAAAAUUUCACAGUAUUUCGAAUUUUCUGGCCCAGUCUUUUGCACUCUUCUGUUUGGCAAUAAAAGGCUUUGAUUGCAACUGUAACGUAAUGCUCUUGAAUAAUCGCUGAUGAGAUCAAUGUUUAAUACAUUAAAUGAGUGCUGAAAUAUUUUAAUAACUCCGCGUAAGAUACGUUAUUUAUUACGUGUAACGUGUUACGUAGCAUUGUGCAUAUUUCUUAUCGUGCAACGUAAAAAAAAAGCAAGAGGUUCGUUAAACAUUUCCUACUUAAUAAUAUAAGGAACAAGUAUUAUAAAAUGUGUUACGUUAACUUGAUUAUAUUAAGCAGAUAAAAUGAACGCCUGAUAAAUAACGCGUUGUGGUUAUUGUGGUCAUUGUGGUCAUCAUGGGAUAUAUGAUUAUCCAUGAAAGGCUAGCACAUAAUUUUACAAAUUCAAUAUUUAUAAGCUAAUAAUUAAUAACCGGUUUUCUGAGUUGAAUAUUUAGCCCAGCCAAUGUCGAAUAUUUUUAUUUUAUUUUUGUACAACGUAUUAUUGAUACUAAUAUUCACAUUUGUUAGGAAGGAAAUAGUAAAUUUACUCCUGGCCGUCCAAUAUUAUGGAAAAGGCCAGGAGGUAAGAUAGUUAAUAAUUUAUUGAUGAUGGAAUUAACACACACAAAUAUAGCAUAAUAUAUUUAAUAAUUAUAGAAAUUAUUGCUUUCUAUGCAACGUUCAUCACCGUCAAAAUUUCUGAUAAGAGGAAUUAUUUUUUAGACGCGAAUAAGAAUGGUAAUGCGAAAAAGAUGUGCAAUGAUAAUUAGACCUAUCUAUUGUAAUAUUGCAUAAUUUUCUUAUGCAUAUAUCCAAUUUUCUAAAUAAUGUUAUAACAUUUUAUAAUAUAUGACAAGAUAAGAAAAAGAUUUUACAAAUAGAUAAAUUAUGAUGUUGGAAUGUUGACAGACACAUAAAUUUAUAUACAUACAUAUGAUUUUGCACAACUAUAUCCCCAAUUUACUUAUAUAUGUACAAUCAAAUUAUAUUUUAGCGUAAUUGCUGUUUGUAGCGUAAAAGGGUGUUACCAGUACGUUCCAAAUUAGAUAACUUGCGUUGGAAUAGAUAAUGACAAAGCCGAAUCGCAAAGCGCAACAACUUAAAUCGUUUUUUGGAAAUGUACAACAAUAAAAUAUUUUAAGUAGCAUAAGUAUUGCGAGCACACGCGCGAGCGUGUAUGUGGACGAAUAAUACACGAUUUUUAUCUUAUUAUCGUAAAACGGCUAUGUUUUAUCUGAACAAAGAUACAUUGUGAUACCUCGAAUAAAUUAGGAUCUGUUUUUUUUUACUGUUAUUGCUGUAUAUUUAAGUAAUAUCAAUAAGAAAUAUCGCAUACUUUUUAAAUAUACCAAUAACGGUACACACCAUACCAUUUUAGGCCUUUUGUAUCUUCUUCAAUAUUUUGGAAUAAAUAUAUAAAAGAAACCCAUAGAGUGUUGUAUCCAAUACAUAAGUAAUAGAUACAUUAUAUAUAUAUAUCACGCGUAAAUAUAUCAGCGAAUUCAUGAAUAACUAUACGCGUAAUAAAUAAACUGGUAUGGUACAGGCAGCUCUCGAUGUGAGGGAUAAGAGCUCUCGUACAGAAGCAAGUCCGCUACAAUGGAAAAGAAUAAUGGUUUUGGUUGUACAAAAUGUACAAAACACAAAAGAGUUUAUUUCCUAAAAAGCUCAAUAAAAUGUUUCAACUGCAUAAACAAGGGGUGGAUACGGUGGUACAUAGAGAUAUAAUAAAAUUCAAAAAAAUUGACUCUGCCUUAAAAUCUAUUAUGCGUACAAUCAUAUUUGUUUUAGCAUUAUCAAUUCAAGAUACAUCAAUUUCUACACAUUAUAUAGUAGGUGUGUGUGUGUGUGUGUGUGUGUGUGUUCAAUGUAUAAAAAGAAAGGUGUCUCUGAAGUAUAACACACAUUAUAAAAGACUUUCAAAUCUUUAACUGUUUCAUUUUUGACUAAGCAAGAAAUCUUUUGCACAACGUGCUUUCUUUAUGUAUGAUGUAAAACACGUAAGGUAAUAUUAUCCGCGAUAUUAUUCGGUUACCAUUCAGCACAGUCUCUGCUCAUGUUAACACUCCACUGUGUGACUCUUGAUGAUAGCUAUCUCAUUUUCACCACUUUCAGAUUGGCCAGUCUAUUGCAAUUUCGCAUGUAUGAAAUCGUAUACAUAUCGUAUACACUAACUGCUCUGUGAUUUCUGUAAGCAUAUUAUUAUAUAGUAUUUUAAUCCUUGUAUUAUACAUUUCUCCGAGGGUUUAAAUAUGACAAACAACAAUAGUCAUGCGCACACACAUUACGUUCUUUAUAAAUAUGCAUACAUCUCGUCACCGAUAUUAGAUAUUUCGAGAUCGAUUCAGGCAAAACAUCAUGUUUUAAGUAUUAAAAAACUUGCUGCAAGUUGUUGUAACAUAAAAUAUUUUAUAUCAAAUCGUAACCAACUUGUUUUUAUGUAAAAUAUAAAUAAUAAUUAUUGAAAUUUUGAUAAAUGUUUGAUGAAUGUAAGCACGAAAUAAUAAGUUAAUAAAAUACAUUAGCUAUUAUUAGUC